AUGACGAGGGAUGAGCCCGAGUCGCCGUCGUAUUUCCGCAACAAGGUGGCGUUCAGUUACGGCACCAUCAGGCGCUCGCCCGCGGAGAUUAAGGUACAGGCAAAGAUACAGCACGACCGCGAGACGCCUAUCUUUUUCGAGGUGAUCAGCUUUGACAAUGGCCCCUUGCCUUUCAACUCUAUCGCAUUCCUGCCCCCAGGGGAGACUGCUGUGCUUAAAAUGCAAAAUGUCUCCAUUCACAGGUUCAGAUCGCAAACCGAAACUGCACUAAGCGAAUCGGAUGUCAACGUGUUCGCACGCGUGGUUCUGGAAGAUGGCGGCAGACGGUAUAUGCCUCUCCGCCUCAUGGAUAUCCCCGAACGAAACUGGCUGACGUUCGUGUACGAGGUGGACGAAGAUGCCGACGACACCACUUCGCGUGUGGACGGCCUGUUGGUAGCUGGGCGUCUUGAACGCGUGUCGUACGUGUUGUUGCGGCACCGUGAUGCCGCUGGCACAUGGACGGUGGCUCCCGAAGAGGAGUGCAUGUACUUCGGUGGCAACACGCUAGACGCGCUGAAGUGCAAGGCCGCGAUCGACGCCACUGCAGCGGUGCCGCAUAUAGGGCCCCAACGUCCGGAAUUCGAGGUCACUAGCAUGCCGUUGUCUCACCACACGCGAUAUACUGAUGUGGCAACGUGCAAGACCCUUUUUGAGCUGCGGGAGGCCGCAAUGGACCCAGACAGAGAGGACCACCUCGUCGAGUAUAUCAUUGGCCGUCUGGAGGAUUUUUUGAAAGAUGAUAUGGAUUCGUCGGAAUUUGUCAACCUCAAGGAAUUGUUCUCGGAAUGCUACAAGCACACCAAGUUCAUCUUUUCCGACAAAAUACCACUGAACGAAGUUAUCGUCCCCGUGGUCGAGAAGUGCAUUAAGAACGUCACUUUCGAUUCUGAGGACCUGUACUUCGGCAUAUUGCAAAUGCUGGUACGCGACUGCGACGUCGCCCACACGCUGAUGUUCGAUAAGGGGUUCGGCAAAAAUUUGGUUGAGAGGUUGGUGGCUCCGGAAAACCACCGCUGGGUUGAGCGCGGCUUUAUGCUUGACCUGCUGGUAGAGAUGGUGUCGCAUGGCAAGUGUAUGCGCAACUUUCUGCAGGGCGAUCCCGGGGGGAAGGUAGACUCGCUCUGCGACACGUUGCUGCUUGGGGCUGCCAAGCUGCGCCGAUUCUCCUUGUUCAACAUGACGACGCGUAUGGAGGCGCUGGGUCAGCGAGUGGAGCUGUUCCUGGCCCUGUCGCGCGUGGAGCAGCUCUUCCAAAGCCUGGAGCCGAAGCUUAAGGAGGACGAAGGCCCUACAUACGAGCACCUGACGACGCUGCUGCAAAGCUUCAACGAAGCCGUUGAAAUGAUCCAAACACACCACAAUGGUAAGGUCAAGCAUAGCGUGCUGCGCGACAUCCACGAAGUUCGGCAGUACACCGUGUCGUACCUUUUGGAGACCACAAUGCACAAGGUGCUGACUCAGUUGAUGGGAUCGCUUCUCACCCACCUAAAACGCUUCCCGGUGGCCCCCAUGUAUAUCGACAGCAUGCUGGAGCUCCCGCUGUGGUUCGUGGCGCAGUACACCAACCUGAUAGACUUCGGGGUCUGCUUGCUUUACAUGACGGACAUUUGCGAUUUCGUGAACGGGAUGACCCUGAACAACGCGCUUCAAAAUGGCAUGUACGCCGAUUCGCGGGCGACCUGCUGCAAGGCGAGGUGCCAGAGCAUGGCGAUACACACGAUAGUGCUGAAGAUGGCGUCGGCCUUACUCGGCAAACGGUCGUGCCCGCAAAUGGUCAGCGCGUUGCAUCGAAUAUGCACGGAGUACCCUUGCGGAUACCGGGUUAUUCCCACCAUCCUGGCCGAGCAGAGCAUGAUACAGACCGUGCUUCAGAUGGCCACGUCGGCCAUCACCGACAUGACGUCAUCGGGGGUCGGCGCAGGUGGCCACAGGGAUAACAUGGAGCUGUGGCAGCUCUUCGAAAUUGUAAGCAACGCCGUGUUGAAAGAUGAAAGUGGGAUACUGCUGUAUUUUAUGGGAAAGCAGUUGAUAUCUCCUCUGGGCUCGUUCGUCGACAUGUUCGUGCCCGAGGGCACUCCGGCGGCCGACCUGGAGCUGCAGCCGCUAUGCGAUCUGCGCAACAACCUGCUCCGCCUAUUCAAGUCGGCGGCGCUGAUGAGGCCUGCAAAGUGUGGACGGCUUUUCGAUGACGUAGAGGUGUACCUGCGGGAUUUACUGGCCAGCGCUAAGGUGACGUUGCACCCAGACACGUUGAAGCAAAGCAUGUCGAAGCUUUCGCACAUGGACGCAAUGUCUCUUGUGAACCAACCGCUUAGAAACAGCGUUUUCCUGAUGGACCCGUCUCAGGCCAAGUCAAUUCCGAAGUCGAUGGUGUCGGAACAGUUCGGCACCGUGUACAGCGUCAGCGCGGAUACCGUGGAAUUGGGCGCCGUCCACUGGACGCCAAACGAGCGUUAUUCGGCAAGGGUCACCGACCUGGGCGUUACAGCGGAUAAGGCUGGUCAUUUCAAAAGCUGCAGGUUAUACGUCGCGCCACCCGAACGCCUGCCAGAAUUUGUGCACUACGGUGUCCGCCUGCUUAGCUUCGCCAGCACAAUGGACCAGUAUGUUUCCGUAUUCUCAGACCUGCUGAGGGAACGCGAGAACACGGAGACCCUGCUGAGGCUGUGGGUCCAUGCGGUGGCUUCAAUAUCGCCCGAUAUCGACACGGUGUUGAACGUCGAGAUGGGAGCGUUCAAGUCGCUGGUGGGCUACGAGUGGUUCUUCUCGAGCGAGGAUGCGAUACCCCUGGUCACGAACAUCGCCCAAAUCGUCUACUCAUCGCUCCACCACCUGUCGUGCGACGGACACUGCCACGAGGACACGGACGAGCACCGCAAGGUAACGGGCGCACCCGUGCGCUAUAUCAACGACGAUAUUCUAACGCUCGUCGUCCUGUCCGUGAACGGCGUCAUGAUGAACCGGAGAUGGGCGUUCGAGGGCCGGUUGGGCCGCACGUCACGCAAGUGCCUGAGGUGGCUGUGCAAGCUGAUGUCGUACUGGUAUCUGCGCUACGAGAAGUCGCAAGGGUACCUGAUGAACAAGCUGAUGGGCUGGUACACGACCUUGCCGUGCAUGGCCGACGGCGCUGCGUUGCUCAUCACGUCAUGCGGCCCCGUUAUAAACCCCAAGUGCAAUGUAGUGGCGUAUGUAAGCCUGCCGGAGGACGAGGAGAACGAGGCUCUGUUAGGACGUCGGAGAGCGAGGGUUCUGUUCGAGGGGCGCGAAUACACGGUGGCCCUAAGCGAAAAGGAGGUUAAGUUGGGACGCGAUGUGCCUAACUCCGCCGUCUGGGGGCUCAUUCGCCGGAUAGAAUCCCUGAAGGUAUCGGUGCUUGCCGAAUUCAUGUGCGCCGUCGCGACGCGGUGCUACUCCGCCAACCCAUGCACAGUGGUCCUGGCAAGCGAGAUUGCGCACUUCCUAAUUGCGAACGGCGCGCCGAUGAUGGUGUUCCUGUCCGCUGUUUCGGACCGGUGUUUGGAGGAGUGCCUCAAGGCCGGCUCUGACGCCUCCAGGUCCGGCAACGCAUCGGGCAAAGCCUACAGGCUGUUGACGUUUUGGUCGCUGGUCGCUAAAGCGUUGGUGUCCAACGACUCAGCGGGACCCACGGCUGUGUUCAAGGUGAACAACUGGAUCCUGGAUCUGUUCAGCCGGUACACCAAGGGCUGCAGGGUUAUCACCGAAGGGUGCUGCCGAGUCCUGUUUGACGGCUAUGUACACCUGUUCAGGUGCCACAAUAAGCUGUGGGAGGGCCACCACGCAACGUUGACGCGUGAUCCGGAAUUCCACAACUACAUGAAGAACAUAAACGGCUCCGUGUGGUGGAUUUGCCAUAUCCUCAACGGGUGCAAGGCCAGGGACACCGAGACCGGGUCGUCCGACGAAGGCUCUCAAAACAAGUUCGCAACCGUAGACUUCGACAGUGACAUCCACUUAGAUUCCUCAAUAAGCCUCUCGUGGGAAGUUAUUCUGGCUGGAUUCGCUGCGCUCAAGCACGCUUUCAAAAUCCCGUUCACGGCGCUGAACAUUUUGUACACCGUGCUGUCGGGGCCCAUGGAGCUGAUGGUGCAGAUCAUCAACAAGCAGAUCGACUCUGAGAUCAUCAAAGUGACACCGUCCACCACGCUGUGGCUCAACAACAUCAUACGGCAGCUGUGCGAUGCGCUGUUACUGCACGGCAGCAGUGAGGAGGCCGACGGCAGCGGUAACUCCGACGCGCCGUUGCAGCUGCUCAUACUGCAGCUAUUGCACGACAUUUGCGCCUCCAUACACCAGACUGGGCCCGCUCAGGACGUGUUCAUAUGCUCCUUGGUGUACGGCACGACCCACUCCGCGGACCAUGACAUGCUGAUGGCCGAGGACAGCCUUGGCGACGGGCAAACGGAGGGCGCCCAACCGCAGGAGGACAUAUACUCGGAUAUAGUGGGCUCUAGCAAGAAUAGAUUGCCGCGCAGGGUGCUGUCGAGCGCCGCAUCGCAGAAUGCAGCCAACGGCCCCGCGUUCAAGAACGUCACCGACGCCCUGGAGGCGUUCAGAGACGCAGUGGCGGCGGAGCUUGCGCUCGGCAAAGCCCAGAAGCUGCAAGGAAUAGCGCUCUCAUCGCAAAUCGCAAAUGUACUGCUGAUGCUGAACGCGUUCAAGUCGCUGUCAUCGGUGAUAGCGAAGGACGCCAUGGAACGCACGCCGCCCAAGUCGCUGCCCGGAUACAUAUUCCUCAAGGUGCCAUCGUACACGGGGCUGUUCCGCCACUCGCUGGGUGACGCGUGGUCAACAGACGGGCGUGGCCCCAGCUCAACGCGCUCCAUCCUGACCCGAGUGAUACGCAUGACGAAGUGCGAGAACUGGGCCGCCAACACGUGCUUCGUCAACCAAAGCGUGCCCAGCCCGCUACUCACAGACGACCGCAGGCAGAUGAGGUGGCUCUCACGCUGCUUCAUGUUCAACGGGAGCCCGGAGUCAGUCGAGAUGUGGAAGGCGGUGCGUUAUUUCGCCACCGCCAAGCUGCUGUUUGCCGACGAGCUGAUGCAGUACGCCCCCGUAAAAACCAAGCGAAUGGAACGGCCGCUGCCGAGCGACGGCAUGCGCUACAUCCGCAGCGUCAGCACACGCGCCCCGUCGAAGCACGUGGACGCCUACGAGUCGGAGAAGGCGGGCGUUGCCACAGAUGACGACGGCGCAAUCACGCAGGAGAACAUCGAAAAGGCUGUCGCGCGUCUCAACGGCGUGAUAACGUCGCAGACGUGGCUGGAUUUCGACAACGACCUGGUGACCAACGGGCUGAACCUGCGCUCGAUUCUGAUCAACCCGGGGCUGCUCAAGGACUACUCGGCGCGUGCGACGUUCCUGAACGCGCUCUCGAGGCACGUGCUCAUCAAGGAGCUGCUGAUAUCGGUGGGCGUGGACGUUCGCUGA